UGGUUUUACUGACCAAUAUGUUCCUGAAUAAGGACUCCAAGCCCAGAGUACACAGUUAAGGCAACUACUUUGUUUCCAACAAGAAAGUACACAAGGAACCCCGAGUGUCCCCCACUAAUGUGAGAGCUUGACCCCCGACCGGUCUCCACCCAGUUCUGGGAGAAAAACGUCCUCUAGCUGGCCAGUCUGUCAUCCACUGUGACACCUGCUUACAAGGCAGGCGUGGCAUCGACCGACAUCUGCUCACCGUCCAAGCACCAGGUCUGGGCUGAGCAGCUCCGCAAGCACGUUUGGCAGAUGCUCUCGUUUGCGUUAAAAUCGAACGUGCGCGCUGACGCAUGGCUGCUGGCCGCGGAUCUCGAAUUAGAACAAGAACUUCCUCUACUUGAGAAAGAAAACCUACACAAAACCUACACCUAACAUCAUACUUAAUGGACAAUUGUGGACAAGAAACAGUAGAGUAUAGCAUUACAGCUCUAAACUGAAGGAAGGUGAGUGACUUCCUAACCCUGUCAGUCAUGUAACAUAGCGGUUAUGAGGGUACACCUGAGAGUCAGACUGCUAAAGUCCACCUUCUGGCCGCACCCCAGUAUUUUGAGGACUUUGUUGUCUUAUCUGCAAAAUAGGGAUAAUAAUAUUGUCAUACAGCUCUUAGUGUCUAGCAUCUCAUAGGAACCACUUAAGUAGGUGCUAGCUUUAAAAAAUUAUCAUGAAACCUAAACCCACUUGAGCUAGGAGAGACUGUAAAAAUGUGGCCUCACCUUCUUGAUUUGACAGCAGUGACCCAGUGGUGGGGGUUCGAGGGGUCGCAGUGUCUUUUGACAGGACUCUCUUCAGGGAAGAGGCCCAGGGUUUAGCAAUGGAAGCACAGGCAGGAGAUAGAAGGACAUAGAACAUGGACUAACUUAAAGAUCUAAAAGAUAUCUGUCUUAUUUUUUAAUGAAUUGGGAUAUGAAUAAAUUACUGUUUUCUCUCUGGAGGCAAAGUUUAGACUCUAACUGUUCUCUCUGGAAGAUAAAGUCACUUGGGCUGUAGGACAGAUCCAUAACAAACAGUAAAAGCCUUCCUACCAUCUGUCUUAACGUUCAAAUCUCUCUGUGGAUUCCGUUCUUCAGAAUGGGGGAUGGAUCCUGGGUGAGUGGUGGUAUUUCUUUCUGUCUAACUGGUUCUCUUUUCUUUUCUCCAGACUGCCCUUGCUCCACUCAUCCCCAAGAGGAGAAUGGCAGCUAAGAACUCUUCUGUGACAGAGUUUAUCCUUACAGGUUUAACAGACCAGCUGGAACUCCAGAUCCCUCUCUUCUUCCUGUUUCUAGGUUUCUACAUGGUCACUGUGCUGGGAAACCUGGCCUUGAUAGCCCUGAUUCGGUUGAAUUCUUGCCUACACACUCCCAUGUACUUUUUACUCUUCAACCUCUCCUUAAUAGAUUUCUGCUACUCCACUACCAUCACCCCCAAAAUGCUGAAGAGUUUUGUCUCAAAGAAGAACAUCAUCUUGCAUGCAGAGUGUAUGACUCAACUCUUUUUCUUCUGCUUCUUUGUCAUUUCUGAGUCCUUCCUCCUGUCAGUGAUGGCAUAUGACCGCUAUGUAGCCAUCUGUAAACCAUUGGUGUACAUGGUCACCAUGUCUCCUCAGGUCUGUCUAUUCCUUUUGUUGGGUGUCUACGUGAUGGGGCUUUCAGGGGCUAUGGUCCAUACGGGAAGCAUAGCAAGUCUGACCUUCUGUGCUGACAACCUUCUCAAUCAUUUCAUGUGUGACAUCCUUCCUCUCCUCGAGCUGUCCUGCAACAGCACUUAUGUAAAUGAACUGGUGGUCUUCAUCCUUGUGGCCAUUGACAUUGGAAUGCCCAUUAUCACCAUCUUCAUCUCUUAUGCUCUGAUUCUGUCCAGCAUUCUGCACAUUCACUCCACUGAGGGCAGGUCCAAAGCUUUCAGUACAUGUAGCUCUCAUAUAAUUGUGGUUUCUCUUUUCUUUGGUUCUGGGGCUUUCAUGUAUCUCAAACCACCUUCUAUUUUGCCCCUGGACCAAGGGAAAGUGUCCUCUCUGUUCUAUACCAUUGUGGUGCCCAUGUUAAACCCACUGAUCUACAGUUUGAGGAACAAGGAUGUCAAAGUUUCCCUGAGGAAAACCUUGGAAAGAAAAAUAUCUUCUUGAAAAAGUAGCAUUUGAAGAAGAUACAAUGCUUUGUUUAUUGGUGUGUGUGUUUUCCAAGACAGAUCCAAGUUCUAGUUUUUUAUCUUCUGUAAAAAAGAGAAUUUUAAGUCUUUAUG